GGGUGUCUUUUUCAGCUGCUGCUGCUGCUGCCAAGUGCUAAGCGUAGCUCUUUUUUGGACAACAAGGAUCCAGAGUGAUCAUCAUCUCAUCAGACGUUGGAGCAGAGCUCGUAGAUUAAGGAUCGCGAGACUGCAAACAUCGGUUCACAGAUUCCAGGCUCCAGCUGUCGAAAAACCAAUUUCCAAGGGAUACCAGCCCUGAGGUGACACGUUGCAGUUCACCUUUAUAUCCGUCUCUUUCGCCAUUCUGGUUUUAAGCCUCUCUCAUGUAACGUCUCCUGACAAAAACCUCACUGCCACAGCAAGAGUGACAAAAUCUCCUAAAACCCUAAUACUACUAGCUAAAAGAAGAAAAGAUAAACCCUCUUGACCUUUCUCCAUUUACAUUUCAAAGUUUCCAUGGCAGCACCAGAAGUCAUUCUCGGUUAUACACCUCACACUGAAGAUGGGUAUUAUGCAAAGAACAACCAGUUUCAAAACAGUGGGCCAAAAGGGUUCAUUGAGUUCAAGGCACUGGAGAACCAAGAUUUGUACGUGAGGGUUGAUUUGCCUGGGGUCGCAAGCAAUGCUGUUUCAUUCUUUACUGAUCCUCAGAAGAAGGUAGUCUUCUUCAGUGGAGAAGCACCAAAAGACAGUGAGCAUGAGCAAGGUAGCCGCACCUAUUUUGGCAUCACGGGUCUUAUUUGCAAUUGCUGUGAGAUCUCUGGGAUUAAUGCUACAAUGAAAGAUGGUGUGCUCAGAAUGGUUCUUUCAAAGGUUAAGAAGAUCCAGGGGGAUGCCGCAUGUUCUGCUGAGAGACCAAGUCUAUCUUCAACUAUACUUCAAGAAGCUGCUUCUCAAUCUGCAGCUGGACCUCAAGGUGGAACAGGCCCGGUGAUAGAGCCAAACCCUUUUGUUGUGCGGGGACAGAAAGGCGCCUUUGAAGGCAAGGCGAGCAAGAAGGGUGGUCUAUUUGCGAGGGUGGACAUGCCAGGGGUUUCCCCGGAAGAUGCUAAUGCUUUUUUCAAGGAUGGUGAGAUCCGCUUCAUAGGCACUGGCUACAAGGUUUCCGAGCACGACGAGAGUGGUCGAACCUACCUUGGCAGCAUAGUUCCUGUCCUCCCCACCAAGAGGAUUAUGCCCUCCAAACUCGAGUACACUAUGAAGGAUGGAGUUCUCCGUAUUAUCAUCCCACCAAUUUAAUCUACUUUUCAGAAUUAAUUUCUGGCCUUUAGAUAUCAUAUGGUAACCUUUUUUAGUACCUUAUUAUUAGCUUCAAUCUGUUUUCUGGAAUUUACUUACAUUCUAUGGUUUUGGCAUUAAACUUGGCCUUGAACACAGAAUUUAGUUUUCUAUUGCUUUUGGUGAUGUGAGACAUA